UCCCAGCGGGAUGACUGUGUCACUCAAAACAGAGCUGGAGCUGUGGGCAUUUUUGCUGGCUAAAGUCAUGUCAUCUGAGACAUUUAAUUGGGCCCGAGCUGCCACAAGGGGACAUUGAACAGCAUUCCCGCUCUGCCCGCCUGCGAACUGAGUUUACUCCACUCCGCGUGGCUGAGGUCUGCAGAUAACACAUGCACGCCCAGACAAACUUAAGCAGCGGGUGACAUCAACAGCUGAGGCGAGCAAAGUGGACAUCGUCAGCUGAACUUCUACGCGACUCCAAAUAAUGAAAUGUUUUUAGUUAAAAUUACGGGUCAAAUUGAAGAGACACCGGUUGGGCCAUUUUUGCUGAUCUGGAUUUGCGCGUGAGUGGCAACAGCUGAUAUUAGGAGAGACGUCAAGGGAAGACCCAAAUCCUUCCCCGUUGAGGACCUGCUUGACUGCUUGGAUUUGGACUUUGGAGCAGGCUUCACAAUUUCCUGGCUCAGUUUGGAUCGGCUUCAGGGAUAAAUGAUCACCUCAACCAGAAGAGUCUCUCCAGAUAAAUCUGAAGUUAGAAUAGCCUUCAGCCUUGAUGACACAUCAGAUGUAAAAGAUGUGGAUGAUCUUUCACAGACUUUCCCUGACCUUGAACAACGUUUACAGCCUGUGCCACCUUGUAUGUCCCUAAGAGAGAGCGUCCAGGUGUACAAGGAGCACUGCAGGAUGGCCAGAGAGUUCCACCACGUAAAACAGGAGAUCUCUGUCCUUGAGGAACGCAAGCGUAAGCUGCUGGCAGAGCUUGUGGAGGACGAGAAAGUUGCUGUAGAGAUCGUCCGUCUCGAAGAGGAGUUUCAGCGUCUAACAGAGGAGAACCGCACCUUGGUGACCCUCCACAGUGAGCGCAGGCAACAGCUAGAGAGGCUUUGCCUCGCCAAUCAAACAAGCCAAGACCCCUCGUGACCUCUGACUUCCCAGAACCUGAGUCCACCAGACUUUCAGCUGCCACCAGACCAGUGUCCGGACAGUUUUCAUGCACAGUCUUUGAAUUGUCUAGUUACACAGACAGGACCUCUUUCUCUGGAUGAUUUGAGUCAUUUGUUUGAGCUGCAGAUGUAUGCUUGUCAUCACUGAGAAGUUGAGAAGGGUGAUUCUAGUCAGCACCGACAGAUUUUUGGGGCGCUGCUUUGUUUUUGUCAAUUUGCUGAACCAUGCUGGUCAUUUUUGCAACACGUGAACAGUGCAUUAACAAAGUGUUCACGGCAUGUUUUUUUUUUUUUUUUUUUUACAUUUUAUCACACUACAACAACAACGUUUAGUGUAUUUUGCUCAUACUUCAUGUGCUAGACCAACACAAAGUAUUACAUAGUUGUAAGAUUAAAAUACAUUUUUUUUUAAUUUUUUAUUUACAAACUAAAAAAUCUGUAUUUUCUCUUUGCAGUAAAUCCACUUCCCUUUGAUAGCCCUAAAUAUAGUACCAUGUAUCAAAUUGGCUUCCGCUGUCACCUAAUUAAAGAAUAGGAGUCAAUCUGUGUAAUGUGUAUUUGUGUUCAGCACCUCACUUUUAGCAUUUACAAUCAUAUGUUCCUGCAAUCAAUACUGUAAACCCUUUGCGUAUGUAUCGUAUAUUUUUAAAAGCGAUCAGUGGACAUCAGUUUCGCGUCUUGCAAUUGAAUUAUAAAUUAGAUUUAUGUCUGGGCUUUGCCUAGGACAUUCUAAAACAUGACUGUGCUUUUAUCAAAACCAUUACAUUUUAACGUUGUCUGUAGGUUUAGGGUGCUGGUAGGUGGUGUCACUCCCAGUCUAAGUCUUUUGCAGCCUCUAACGCAUUAUUAUGUUUCCAGAAUUGCUCUUGUUUUAUCUUCAUUCACUUCCCCACCAGAAAAAAUAUUACUACAGUAAGAUACUGCUCUACCCGGUGUAUUUUUUGCCACACAGCAUUAUAUAUACAGGCCAAAAAAGUUCAAUUUUGCUUACAUCUUACACAAGUUUGUUACCUCCUCUACAAGUUUUGUGAGAAACUUUAAAUAAUACAUCUUAUGGCUUUCUACAAACAAAUGACCUAGUACUGCUUUUAGACAUUUCUGCAGCUUUAUCCCUGAUCCAUCUGGUCUAGUCCUUGGUCUUCGCACUGUUUAUUCAUUUAUGUUCUUUAAUUAACCUCACAUGCCUUCACAGGGGAGCUAUGAGAUUGCGUUUACUGAUUAGGUGACUUUGUAGGUCAUUGGAUGCAUUGAAAUAUUUUAGGUAUCACAAUAAAAAGUAUUAAGCAUAAAAGGUCACACUUUUUUGAUUUUUAUUUCUAAAAAAAAAUUGUUUCACAAACAUCAGCUACUUUGAGUUGGUCCAUCGCAUAAAGUCCAAGUAAAACACUUUGAUAUUUGUUAUUGUAACUUGACUAAAUGUGCAAAACCUUUAAAGGUUAUGCCUACUUUUGCAAAGUAAAUACUGAACAUUCAUAAAUUGCAGUUUCAGUGAUGCGACCUGGUGUUUCAAACCAGUCCCAGGUCUUGUGGAAACUCAGCUGCUCUAUCUAAGGGAGCUGAAAGUGAUGGAAUAUGUUCCAAAUGGUGGCACAGAGAUCAGUGUUUAAAACUCUGUCAGAUAUGGAAAAAAACAAAACCCUUUGGAAAGAUGAGCAAAUAUAAAUAAUCGUCUACAGUGUUUUUGUUUGAUUUGCUGUCAAAGAUGUAUGCUUUCAUUAACAUUUUGAUCAUUUUGAUCAGUGGUGUAAAUGCCGUUAUUCUGUAGAUAGGGACGUGUACAACAGGAAUUGUUGUUUUUUGCCCUCCUCUGAAAAUGAAAAAAGCAUUUUAUUGUAACAGCAGCAUCACUUCCUUAGUUUCAUUUCUCUGAGCCAACACUGUUGUGUUGUGUACUCGUUGUCAACCUUACAGGGAAAAAGGAAGAAGAUUUUUUUCCCCCCUUAUGACGAAUGAGUUUUUUCUGGAAUUAUGCAACACUCACCUGAUUGGCUAGUUCAACUUUGCUUUGCUUCCUUCUUCUUUCAUAUCAUGUGACACUGGCAACUUCAUUUGGUAAUGAUGAUCAUAACUUGUGCUGCUGGGGCUACUUUUAGAGCUGACUUUCUUUUUCAAAACAUUGAUGGUCAGAAGACAUCAACUUUAAAUAAAAGUGGACAUGUGUUGCAA